AACAGAGAGAGAGAGAGAGAGAGAGAGAGAGAGAGAGAGAGAGCACUUAAGAGAAGGAGACCGGAGCGAUCUACUAAACAUGGGGUGACUCUCAAAAACCCAAAAGCAGCUUCUGUUGCUUUGUCUCUGCUCUUUAAUCUCACAACGAACCCCCGUUCUAGUUUCAGUUUUUGUUUCAGUGUAGUUUGUAGAAAAUCAGAAGGCAGCAGUCAAUUUUAGUAUACGACUCUGGAAGUGAAUUUUACUGAUCAGGUGUGAACUUACUUCUCGGUUUUGGGUCACUGAUUUGAGGUAGAAUUACUGAUUUGGUGGUUUUAGGCCGGUCCUGUGGAGCUUACUUCUCGGUUUGGGUCACUGUAACUCCACCAGUAGCGGCGGCGGUGGUGAUAUUGGCCGGAGUUAUGGCAACUGUUUCCCAAGCAGAUUCCAGACGCAUGUAUUCUUGGUGGUGGGACAGCCACAUAAGCCCAAAGAACUCAAGAUGGCUCAAGGAAGAUCUUACAGAUAUGGACGCCAAAGUCAAACACAUGAUCAAACUUAUUGAAGAAGAUGCAGAUUCCUUUGCCAGGAGGGCAGAAAUGUAUUACAAGAAGCGGCCAGAGCUAAUGAAAUUGGUUGAAGAGUUCUACCGAGCAUACCGUGCCCUGGCUGAAAGAUAUGACCAUGCAACUGGGGCACUGCGCCAGGCUCAUCGUACCAUGGCAGAGGCAUUUCCUAACCAAGUUCCAUUCGCAGAUGACUCACCUGCAGGUUCCACUGCUAGUGAGACUGAUCCCCGAACACCUGAGAUGCCAGCUCCUAUACGAGCAUUAUUAGACCUUGAUGAAUUACAAAAAGAUGCUCUGGGACUGUCCUCCUCUAUCCAUUUCCAUGCUCUCAAAAGGAAUGGAGCUUUUAUUGAAGAAUCUGACUCUGGAACCACCGGAAAAGGUUUGAAACAGCUGAAUAAUCUCUUUGGAUCAGGAGAAGGAAGGGCGAGAAGGGGCCUCAACUUCCAUGAUUCUGAGGCCAAAGAACACAGCAUGCAGAACAAUGGCCAUGAUCGCAAUGCUCGAGCCUUUUUGGAAGAUGAUCGAGUGAGCAAAGCAGAGACAGAAAUAUCAAACUUAAAGGAAGCUCUUGCGAAACUAGAAGCUGAAAAGGAAGCUGGCAUACUUCAGUACCAAGAGUGUUUAGAGAGAUUAUCUACAUUGGAAUCUGAAGUCUCUUGUGCACAAGAGGAUUUGAGGGGAUUCAAUGAACGAGCCAGUAAAGCUGAAGCUGAAGCUGAAGCUACAAAGGAAGCACUUAACAAUUUAGAGGCUGAAAGGGAAGCUAGUCUUCUUCAGUAUCAAGAGUGCUUGGACCAAAUCUCUAACCUGGAAAAGACCAUAUCUUGUGCCCAAAGGGAUGCUGGAGAGCUCAAUGUUCGAGCUAGUAAAGCUGAAUUUGCAUCUGAAUCUCUACAGAAAGAUCUUGAAAGGGUGACAUCUGAGAAAGAAGCUGCACUUGAACAAUACAAACAAUGUCUGGAGAAGAUAUCAAAUCUGGGGGACAAACUACUGCAUGUUGAGGAGGAGGCCAAGAAAAUUAACGAGCGUGCUGUUAAAGCUGAAUGUGAAGUUGAAUCGUUGAAGCAAGCACUAGCCAAUUUAAGUGAAGAGAAGCAAGCUGCUGUUCUCCAGUACAAGCAAUGCCUGGAAAUGAUAUCCAACCUAGAACAUAAGAUCUCUAUUGCCAAGGAGGAAGCACUAAGGCUACACUCUCAGAUAGAUGACGGGGUUGUAAAGUUAAAGGAUUCAGAAGAAAAGUGUCUUCUGCUGGUAAACUCAAAUCAGAAUCUGCGGUCAGAGUUGGAGUCUGUGAUGAAGCAAAUGCAAUCUCAAGGUGAAGAACUUACAGAGAGGCAGAAGGAGUUGGGCAGACUUUGGGCUUGCAUACAAGAAGAGCGGUUACGAUUUGUGGAGGCCGAAACUGCUUUCCAGACACUGCAGCAUUUGCAUUCCCAAUCCCAGGAGGAACUUAGAUCCCUUGUAGCCGAGCUUCAGAAUAGAGAUUUGAUUCUAAAGGACAUGGAAGCCCAAAGUCAGAGUUUAGAUGAUGAAGUCCAGAAGGUGAAGGAGGAAAACAAGAGCCUCAGUGAGAUCAAUUUGUCUUCAUCUGUUUCAAUAAAAGGUCUGCAAGAUGAGAUCUUAAUCUUGAGGGAGACGAUUAAGAAACUCGAGGAGGAAGUUGAACUUCGAGUAGACCAAAGAAAUGCUCUCCAGCAAGAGAUUUACUGUCUGAAAGAGGAACUUAGUGAUCUAAACAAGAAACACCAAGCUAUGCUAGAGCAGGUGGAGUCAGUUAGCUUGGAUCCGCUAUCAAUUGGGACAUCUGUGAAGGACUUGCAAGAUGAAAACUUACAGCUCAAACAAACGUGUGUGGCUGAGAAAAGUGAGAAAGUUGCACUGUUGGAAAAGUUGGAAAUCAUGCAGAAACUUCAAGAGAAAAAUGUUCUUUUGGAGAAUUCCCUUUCUGAUUUGAAUGUUGAAUUAGAAGGGGUUAGAGGGAAGGUAAAGGAGUUAGAACAAUCAUGUCAGUCUCUUCUAGCAGAAAAAGGUACUCUUCUUUCUGAAAAUGGCACCCUGAUUUCUCAGUUGCAGAUGGUGACUGCUAAUUUAGAAAAAUCAUUAGAGAAGAACAACUUUUUGGAGAAUUCUCUGUUUGAUGCCAAUGCUGAGCUGGAAGGCUUGAGUAUAAAAUCAAAGAGCUUAGUAGAAUCAUGCCUGUUGCUUGGUAAUGAGAAGACUGAUCUAAUCACUGAGAGGGAGAGUUUAAUUUUGGGGUUGGGCAGUACUCAGCAAAGACUGGAAGAUUUGGAAAGAGAAUACGCAGAGAUAGAACAAAAGCUUUCUGAUAUGGAGAAGGAAAGAGAUUCCGCACUUUAUAAUGUGGAAGAACUAAAUGUAUGCUUACAUUCUGAGAAGCAGAAUCAUGCCGGUUCUGUUAAGUCAAGGGAAACCAAGUUGGCUGAUAUGGAAUUGAAGAUCUCUCAUCUCCAAGUAGAAGCUGUAUGCAGGAAGAAAGAAUUGGAAGAGGAACAAGUCAAAUCUGUUACUGCACAGAUUGAAAUCUUUAUCCUGCAGAAAUGUACAGAAGAUCUCGAAGAAAAGAACUUAACCCUCAUGAUUGAGCGUCAAAAGCUUUUGGGGGCAUGCACAAUGUCAGAGAAGCUGAUUUCUGUCCUAGAGCAUGGCAAACUUGAACAACAGAAGGAGAUUAAGUCAUUAUUUGUGCAACUUAAAGCACUAAGAAUGGGGCUGUAUCAGCUGUUGAGAACUGUUGACAUUGAUACAGACCUUGGGUGUGCAGAAAAGGAUGAGCAAGACCAAACACUCCUUAACCAUAUACUUGCCAAGCUUGAAGAAAAACAAAAUGCUUUCUCUGAAAGUUGUGAUGAAAACCAGCAGUUGCUGAUUGAGAGCUCUGUUCUCAUAGCAAUGCUUGCCCAACUGAAACUAGAGGCAGACUGUUUUAUGAGGGAAAGAGACACUCUUGACCAUGAGCUCAGGACUCAGUCUGAGAAGUUGUUGGUGUUGCAGAGUGGCGCCCAAAGUCUUCAUGACAUGAACAAAGAAUUGAAUUUCAAAAUAGUGGAGGGAGAACACAGAGAGGGAGUUUUAAGAACAGAAAUAGAGAAUUUGCACGAGCAGUUGUUAGAUUUGCAGAGCGUUUACAGGAGUCUGCAAAAAGAAAACUGCCAGAUGGUUGAAGAUAAAGGAUCCUUGAAAAAGACGGUCUUGAAUUUGGAGGAAGAGACGCUUAACCUGGAGAAGGAUAAAUGUGUCAUGUUUGCUGAAACAAUAUAUUACAGUAACCUCUCCCUUGUUUUUGAUGAUAUAAUCUCCCAAAAGCAACUGGAACUGGAAGAGCUCACUCACAAUUAUGAUGAACUUCAUGUUGGCAAUAAUGACCUGAAAGAGAAGGUAAGACUAUUGGAGGGGCAGUUAGAAGUUAUACAGGUGGAGAACUUGCACCUCAAGGAGUCAUUAAAUAAGUCAGAGGAUGAGCUGAAGUUGAUGAAAUCUUUGAAUGAUCAAUUAAAUGGUGAUAUUGCAACUGCAAAGGAUGGCUUGUCUCAAAAGGAAACUGCGCUUUUGGAAGCUGGGCAGAUCAUUAAUGACCUACAGAAUGAGAAAACGGAGCUGCGUGUACUGGUGGAUGAUUUGACUAGUAAAAGUGAUGAUGUCAAAGUGGUGGUGGAAGAUCAAGAGAAGGAAAUUCUCAAACUACAUGAAGACAAUGACCAUCAUAGUAGAGAGAUUGGAGGCCUCCGUGAAGUGAAUCAAAAGCUGGAGGUGGAAUUGUCGAAACUGCAUGAAGAAGCUGAGAAGGCCAAAAUUGAGGAGGAAAGGUUGAUUGGUGAACUAAUAAGGAAAAAAGAAGAUAUUGAAAUGUGGGAGACUCGUGCUGCCACCCUCUUCACAGAACUGCAGACAUGCUCUAUUCGUGAAACAUUGUUUGAAGGAAAGAUUCGCGAGCUCGUUGAAGCCCAUCUGAUCCUUGAAGACAAAAGCAUUUCCAAGAGUCUGGAGAGUGAACAGAUGAAAGGAAGAGUGGGCAUAUUGGAACAUGAAAAUGGAGAGCUACAAGCUCAGUUGGCUGCCUAUAUUUCAGCUGUCAUCUCUCUGAAGGAGUGUACAGAAGCCCUUGAGAAUCAUUCGCUUAUUAACACCAGAUCUUAUAAAGCUGAAGCCUCAGAGGAUGCCCUUCCGCAAGCUGAGAGCUCUCAAACUUAUGGACAUCAAAUUGACACAGUAUCAGAUGGCAUCUCAGGAUUGCAGGAUUUACAAAGAAGAAUCAAAGCUAUUGAAAGGGCUAUGGUAGAAAAGGAAAGCCAUCUUGCUGCAAAUCAGGAUGCUAAUUAUGGGGACAGGUUCAGUAGCAAGAAGCCUGAAAUCUCUGAAUCAGGAAAUGAAGUUCUGACAAAAGACAUCAUUCUUGAUCAGAUAUCAGAGUGUUCAUCCUAUGGGGUAAGCAGGAGAGAAAUCACCGAACCUGAUGCUCAGAUGCUGGAGUUAUGGGAGACCACUGACCAGGAUGGCAGCAUUGAUUUGAUGGUAGGCAAGUCCCAGAAGGUGGCUACUGUACCCAAUGAUCAGAGCCAGACUGAAGCUAUAAAGAAACACAAGAAUAAACAUCCCUCUUCAGAAUCGUUGGUUGAGAAAGAAUAUAGCAUUGACAAAUUAGAGAUAUCUAAGAGAUUCUCUGAGCCCCGUCAAGAAGGCAACAAGAGAAAGAUUCUGGAAAGACUUGAUUCUGAUGUGCAGAAGUUGACAAACCUUCAAAUUACCGUGGAAGACCUGAAGAAGAAGGUGGAAAUUACUGAGAAGACCAAAAAGGGCAAAGGUAUUGAGUUUGGUACUGUAAAAGAGCAACUAGAUGAAGCUGAAGAAGCCAUCACUAAGUUGUUUGAUGCCAAUAACACAUUGAUGAAGAGUGUCGAAGAUGAUUUUGUGUCUCCUGAUCAAGCUUCUGGGAUUGUCUCUGAUCACAGUGGGAGUGUCAGCAGAAGGAGACUUUCCGAACAAGCAAAAAGAGGGUCAGAGAAGAUCGGUCGACUGCAGUUGGAGGUACAGAAACUGCAAUUUCUUCUACUGAAGAUUGAUGGUGAAAAGGAUACCAAAGGGUCUACAAGGAUCAAGGAGAGGAAGACAAGAGUUCUUCUACGGGACUAUCUCUAUACUGGGACCAGAACUACCACCAAAACCCCGAAGCGUAAGAAGGCUCCAUUUUGUGCAUGCAUGCCCCCAACAAAGGGGGAUUGAGGCAGCGGUACAGUAUAUAAGUAAUGAGAAUGAGGCAUUAGACUUGUCUCAUUGUCCAUAAGAGUUUUUCUUCCCUUUAUAGAGAGUUAUUAUUCAAUAGAGGAUUAGUUGGUGUCUUGCUUAGUUUUAAGAUCCUGUUGUACAUGUCAGUAUCUGGUAAUCAAAGAAACCCAUUCUUAAGGAGGUCUUUCCACUUUUUGUGAGUGUAUCCUGUUUUUGCCUUGGCUUAAAAUAAAAUUCUUCGUAAUUUCUAGGUCAUGCAACCAUUU